UUCGCAUAGGAGGGCUCGCUUGACCGCAGUGCUGCUGUAAGCUCAGCAGCAGCGCUCUGUUUGUCCCUCCGCAGCUCCCGUCCUCACUUUGUAAACCCGGAUGUUAUUGGAGCAGAUUCGGGGCUCAGAGUCCAGAGUCCAAACAGGAGUUCCGAACCGCUCCGGGAAUCUCCUCACAGCUCCGCCGCCGUCAUGCACAGGCUGAAGAUCAUUUCCGGACACUUGAGUCCCGGCGGCCCUUCGGGCUUCAGGCGGGACUUACGGAGGUGGGAGUGCGGCUCUGCGGCAGCGGCGGGGGGGCGCGUCUUACCAGACGACGUGGUGGUGGUUCACGGCCGGAGGACCGCAAUCGGAAAGGCCAAGAGAGGAGGCUUUAAGGACACCACACCUGACGAGCUGCUGAGCACCGUGAUGUCAGCAGUGCUGAAGGACGUUGGACUGUCACCUGACCAGCUGGGAGACGUCUGCGUAGGUAACGUGCUGCAGCCCGGCGCCGGUGCUCUGAUGGCCCGAGUGGCUCACUUCCUCAGCGGCUUCCCUGAGUCGGUUCCCGUCUACACGGUGAACAGGCAGUGCUCCUCCGGCCUGCAGGCUCUCUUCAACAUAGCAGGAGCCAUCAGGAGCAGAGCCAUCGACCUGGGCCUCGCCUGCGGCGUGGAGAGCAUGUCGCUGCGGGGGAUCGGUAACCCGGGCGACCUGAGCUCCAGGCUGGUGGACAACGACAAGGCCCGAGACUGCAUCAUUCCCAUGGGCAUCACCUCCGAGAACGUCGCGGAGAGGUUUGGAGUCUCCAGAGAAAAGCAGGAUGCCUUCGCUCUCAGUUCUCAGCAGAAGGCGGCUCGGGCGCAGAGCUCGGGUCUGUUCGACCGGGAGAUCGUUCCCGUCACCACCAAGUUUGUGGACGACGAGGGCAAAGAGCGCCAGGUGACGGUCAGCAAAGACGAGGGCGUCAGACCGGGAACGACGCUGGCGGGACUCGCUAAACUUCGGCCGGCCUUCAAACCCGACGGCAGCACCACAGCAGGUAACUCCAGCCAGGUGAGCGACGGGGCGGCGGCUGUGCUGAUUGGCCGCAGGUCUGCUGUCGAGGCUCUGGGUCUGCCGGUGCUGGGAGUCCUGAGGGCCAGCGCAGUGGUGGGCGUCCCUCCUGACGUGAUGGGCAUUGGACCAGCGUAUGCCAUCCCUGCAGCUCUGCAGCAGGCUGGACUCACUGUGGCUGAUAUCGAUGUGUUUGAAAUUAACGAGGCCUUCGCGAGUCAGGCGGUGUACUGCGUGGAGAAGCUGGGGAUCCCGCCGGAGAAGGUGAAUCCUAACGGCGGCGCUAUCGCUCUGGGUCACCCUCUGGGCUGCACCGGCGCCCGGCAGGUGGUGACGCUGCUUAACGAGCUCAGACGCAGAGGCAGGAGGGCGUACGGCGUCGUGUCCAUGUGCAUCGGGACCGGGAUGGGAGCUGCUGCUGUCUUUGAAUACCCCGGACCGUAGCGGCUCACGCAGCAUCAGGAUCAUCACGAGAUCAGAGAUUAAUGUCUGAAAGGCCUCUGAGAGCUUCCACAGUCACAUAAAACAGUGGAUCCUGUCUGAAGUGUUAAACUGUCAGAUCACUUCAGGCUGCAGCUGAUUAAGUGCCUUUGAUUCCAUCAUCAAACCUGAUGAUCCAUCAGGAAAUCAGCAAAGAUGAAUAACUUAGUUUCUAUAGUAACGCCUGCUAACUGUAACUGAGCUGCUCAGCAUGUCUAUGACAUCAUCAUCAUGUCAGCUCAGCUUCGUUCUUCUGCUCUCAGGUGUGCAGUUACCUGCUCUCUCAGCUGCUGUAAACGCUGUCAGUGCUGCUGUGACCCUGAAGGAGGGAUCCAAACUAAUAACUGUCUUUGUAAUUCCCUUAAUCGCAUUCUGUGAAACAUGAAUAAUAAAACAUUUUUCACAUGA